AUUGAAGAAAAUCAGUGUGUUGGGGUUGUAGGGACCUCAAUGCAGUCACCAUGAAGCAGGGCUGUGGGCUCACAGUCUGGGCCCUCUACAUAUCCCCUGCUGUGCUCUGGGCAGCCCAGAUGUUACCAGAUGGAUGUCAUGCCGCCACAGCAUCACUUCCUGGCUGUCCUUCAUCCGUGCCUUCUUCAGCUGCCGUUUUGGAGCUUGUGCAGUGUGAAGGAUCUGUCAGCACCAAGGAGAGCAGCUGCCACACCAGUGAUGACGUGGCUGUGACCAGCACAGAGGAAGCUGGCUUUCAUGUCAAGGGCUACACUUUCAGCGAACCCUUCCAUCUGAUCGUGUCUUAUGACUGGCUGAUCCUUCAAGGUCCAGCUGCACCUAUAUUUGAAGGAGAUCCACUAGUUCUGCGCUGUCGGGCCUGGCAAGACUGGCCACUGACUCAAGUCACCUUCUACCGAGAUGGCUCAGCCCUGGGACCCCCUGGACCUAACAGAGAGUUCUCCAUUGCUGUGGUACAAGAGACAAACAGCGGGCACUAUCACUGCAGUGGCAUCUUCAAGAGCCCUGGUCCUGGGAGCCCAGAGACAGCAUCUCCUGUGGCUGUCACAGUCCAAGAACUGUUUCCAGCCCCAGUUCUCAAAGCCUCACCCUCAGCUGAGCUCCAAGAGGGAAGCCCAGUGACCCUGAGCUGUCAGACAAAACUGUCCCCGCAGAGGUCAGCCACCCGCCUCCUCUUCUCCUUCUACAAGGAUGGAAAGACAGUGCACAGCAGGGCUCUGUCCUCAGAAUUCCAGAUCCCCACAGCUUCAGUAGAGCACUCUGGGUCCUACUGGUGUGAGGCAACCACAGAGGACAGCCAAGUUUGGAAACAUAGCGCCCAACUGGAGGUCAAGGUGCAGGGUCCCUCCAGCUCUCCUGCAUCUCCUGCCUUGAAUCCAGUUUCUCAGAAAUCAGCUGCUCCAGAAACAAGUUCUGCAGAGCCUCCCAGGCCUGUGCCUCCGCUAGCUACCCCGACUUCUGAGCUCCCAGUUUUUUCCCCUCCAGACCCCCACCUGCAUUACCAGAUGGGAAUUCUUCUCAAACACAUGCAGGAUGUACGAGUUCUCCUCGGUCGUCUGAUCAUGGAGCUGAGGGACUUAUCGGGCCACCUGAAGGCUGAGACCACAAACGCUCCUGCCAAAUGAAAGUACAGGACUCAUCUAUGAUGGGGCUCAGCCACUCCCUGUAAAUCCAGCUCUAUGGCUCUCUUUCUGUCCUGCACAUAUGCAUAAAUAGUUACAAGUUGUCCCAAUGUCCUGUUAGAAUAAUGGAUGUAGGUAAGUAGAAAUAAAUAUGUACAGAAUGAUA